AUGGUUUGUGGUGCAGAAUGUAUUGCCAAAACUAGGGUGAAGAGUGCUAGUCCUGGUGUUGGAAACGACGAUCAGCGCAAUUUUGUAGCAGAUUGUGAUGGGUGCAAGGAAUUUUUCAAAUUUAUACGUCAAAUUCUAGCCAGUCGUGAAGUUCGACUGGAAGUUGAAUUUAUGGCGGAAAGGAUGUGCCGUCUUCUUCCCGGACCCCAACUGGUCCGGAGAUGUCAACGUUUCACACGGGCCAAUUUGAAUCAGUUUCUGAAAACACUGUCUACUUUGGUCAAGCCACACCGAUUUUGUCAAUCCAUGCGACUGUGCCCUCGUAAUCAGACAUACGAACCGGAGGAAUUGGAUAACAGUGAGUUGAUUGUGUACGCCAACAGCAAUAUUGAUCACUAA